UGGGGGUGGAAAUCUGCGUGCACACGGUGACGCAAAAGUGUGUGAUAUUCUAUGUAGUGUGCACUCCAGACGGCUAGGUGGCAAUGUGAAGCACUGACACACAACAACACCAAGUCUGCGCGCCUGCGUACAAACUUCUUACUACUAGCGCGAAACACAACAUGGCGAAGCGAACAGCAAAAGCUGACAAUUUUGUCUGGACAGACGAAGAGGUGGAGUUAUUGCUGCAAACAACCUUAAAUUACAAAACAACAAAGGCACAUCAGGGCGUGGACUGGGAGUCCUGCCAGGCAAAAUAUACAGACAUAUGGACCGAAUUUCUUCAGCAGUAUCCUAUACCUGGAGGGACAUCAUAUCCACACGAGAAAGACGCUAUUAGUAAAAGUCAGAUAACGUCAAAGCUGAAAGCCAUCCGGAUCAAGUAUAGGCAGGCUGUGGAUACCCAACGGCGGAGUGGCCAUGGGCGAGUAAUCACUCUAUAUUUUGAUUUAUGUAACGAAAUAUGGGGUGGGUCGCCAGCAACCACAGCAAUAGAGGCCGGUGUUGAAACAUCAGAGGUGAACGAAACCGUGGACACUAGUAGUGAGUCAAACGCGAGCAUUACAUCGUCUGACCUGCCGAACACAGAAGAAUCAAUUGUCAGCCCCCAUACCUCAGCCCAGAAGCGGAGAAAUCUACUUCAGGCAAGGCUUGAUGGCCAUAAAGGUGAAAGGCUCCAGAAGAAACUUCGGGUGGAUCCAGUGCAGACUGACCUCGACAUAAAGAAGAAGAUUGUAGAUAUUUUGGAGAAGGCUGAAAAAAGCAACAGCAAUAGGCUGGACACAAUUGCAGAGGCUCAAAUUAGAAUAAGCCAUAGUUUUGAUGCCCUUGUGAGACACAUGACAUCUCAGCCACAAGCAAAUCGUGCCCCACCUGACCACUACAACACAGCACAGCUCAUGGCCCCUGCACAUCCAUACACACCAUCACCCAUGGGCCCUGCACAUUCAUACACAGCUCAGCCAAUGGCCCCCGCACAUUCGUACACACCACCACCUAUGGGCCCUGCACAUUCAUACACACCAGCACCCAUGGGCCCUGCACAUUCGUACGCAACACAGCCGAUGGGCCCUGCACUUCCAUCCUCCUACAGACAAUUCCUGCUGGGGGAACACUCCGAUGAGGAAGAGACUUAACCUGUGUCUCUUUAGGAAAACUUUGAGUUUGUAGAGUUAAGUUAAACUUGUUUACAUUUUGUUAAACUGUGCAGUACCUGCCUACUGUUUAAGCACUUAAGUUCAUUAUUUCUCAAUCACAAAGUGAUAUGAGCCACAAAGUUAAAUGUACACAAAAUGUGUAAGGAUAACUGUACAAAAAUAAUUAAUGUUUACAGUAUCAUCAGAGGUGUUAAUUCUGUUAACAAUAUUUACCAGGCUGUUGUGUUGCAGUUAUGGACUGGAGUAAAAUAAAAGAGACCCC